CGUAGAUUCUCGUGACGCAAUGCCUCGGCGCCUGGCAACACGGUGAACUGAGUGAUUCAUUGUAAAGUUCAGACAUGGCUUUCUCUUAGUUUGCGCUCCCGCUGGUGUAGAAAAUGCCUCCAACUCGGUCAGACGCGAACCGCCGUAGUUCAGGCUGAUACUCCCGCGUCUGUUUUACAACCUUCCAGCCAUGAAGUUGCUCAACAAAGACAUCGAGAAAGAUAAUGCCGGCCAGGUGACCCUGAUGCCGGAGGAGGCGGAGGACAUGUGGCACACCUAUAACCUGCUCCAGGUGGGGGACAGCCUGAGGGCCUCAACCAUCAGGAAGGUGCAGACUGAGUCCACGACAGGAAGCGUGGGCAGCUCCAGGGUUCGGACCACCCUGACGUUAUCGGUGGAGACGAUCGACUUCGACUCGCAGGCCUGUAAGCUGAGAGUGAAGGGCACCAACAUCGAGGAGAACCAGUAUGUCAAGAUGGGGGCCUACCACACCAUUGAGCUCGAGCUCAACAGGAAGUUCACGCUGGCUAAGAAGUGCUGGGACAGCGUCGUGCUGGAUCGAAUCGAGCAGGCAUGCGAUCCGGUGCAGAGGGCGGACGUGGCGGCCGUGGUCAUGCAGGAGGGUCUGGCCAACGUGGUGCUGGUGACGCCCGCCAUGACGCUGCUGCGCGCCAAGGUGGAGCUCACCAUCCCCCGAAAGAGAAAGGGAAGCUGCACCCAGCAUGAGAAGGCGCUGGAGCGGUUCUAUGAGGCAGUGAUGCAGGCGAUCCUUCGUCACAUCAACUUUGAAGUGGUGAAGUGCAUCCUGGUGGCCAGCCCCGGCUUCGUGAAGGACCAGUUCUUCGCCUACGUCUUCAAAGAGGCGGUGCGGCAGGACAACAAGGUGCUCCUGGAAAACCGACCCAAGUUCAUGCUGGUCCACUCCUCGUCGGGCCACAAGUACUCGCUCAAAGAAAUCCUCUGCGACCCGGCGGUGACCAGCAGGCUGUCCGACACCAAGGCAGCUGGAGAGGUGAAAGCUCUGGAGGAUUUCUACAAGAUGCUGCAGCACGAGCCCGACAGAGCCUUUUACGGGAUAGCUCACGUAGAAAAAGCUGCUGAUGCUCUGGCCAUCGACACCCUGCUGAUAAGCGACAAGCUGUUCAGACACCAGGACAUUCAGACCCGGAGUCGCUACGUCCGGCUGGUUGACAACGUGAGAGACAACGGUGGAAAUGUCAGAAUAUUCUCAAGUCUUCAUGUCUCUGGUGAACAGCUGACGCAGCUGAGCGGAGUGGCCGCCCUCCUGCGGUUUCCCAUCGCCGAUGUGUCGGACGCCGAGGACGACAGCAGCUCCGCCGAAGACUGAUCCGGUUCGUUGGGACCCGAGUCAGUCUCCUGCGCUGAUUCUGUUAAAACUAAUAAUCCUCCGCGCCGCAGCAGACGUUCCCUCCUCUCUCAGAUCCAACUGAGACGCGCCUUCCCUCAUUUUUACUUAACUGAAUGCAGGCCGGAGUGGGUUGAUGCUUUAUUAUUUUUUUAUUUAAGCCGUCAUGAAGAGCUGCAGGAUUAAUUAUAGCUAAAAAAAAUAAUCAUCCACUUUGUUGCCAAAUCCAGAUUCGAAGUAAUACAUUUGAGAGGAUUUUUCCCCUUUUUUUUUUGAAGGUGACUGAUUUUUUUUUUUUUUUUAGAUUAAACAGGAGAACCAUGCUGUUGAGACUCAUUUCACUUCUUGCAUGAAAUAAACACCUCAGCCCAAGAUAUAAAAAUAUAUACUUUAUUGUG